AUGAUUGACGGUCCGGAAUCCUGGGAGACCCUACGAAAGACGGUCUAUUCAACCCAACUCAAGCCUCUCGUCACAUAUCUUGUGGACGACACGCAUCACCCUGCUCUUGUCAAUGCACUGCUGGCUUUGAAAUGGCACUUCGCAGCAGUAGAGGCGAGCGAUGACCGUGGUAUCAGUCAGACGAGAAGCCUUGCUUGCGAGAUGGUGGCGUGGCGGUUCGUAACCCACCUGGCCGAGAAUGAGGCAAUAGAGGCAUUGUGCUUUGACUUGCCUCCCAUAUGUAAAAGCGCCACGAAGUCAGCCCAACCACAUGGCUCGAUAGAAGCUGAUUCCGAAACUACACCUCUGCUUGACGGAGGAUCCUUUGAACCAGACCAGUCUUUUGCAGAUGAAGAUCCAGAAGGUGCAAGUCCGGACGAGGCCACCUCCUUCGCGGCGGUAUUCGCGGGACUAAACGCACUUGAAAUAGCGGCAGUCUCAGAGGCGAAGAAAUUCCUGAGUCAGAAGUCCAUACAACGCAUUAUCGAUGGCAUCUGGAACGGCGAGAUCAUCUUCUGGGAGACGCUUGGCCAGCACUCGACCAAGCAAGUCAAAGUGUACAACGAGCGGCGAUCAGAUCCCUUCUGCCGGCUGCGAGUACCACUGUACUCGAAGGUGUUUGAGGUGAUGUUCUUUGCAGCGUUCCUGGCUUUUUACUACACCGUACUUGUGGAGAAGAGUAUCGGCCAUGUCACUACUGCCGAGAUCCUGCUGUACAUCUGGUUGGCAAGUUUCGCCUACAACGAGCUGGCUGAGUUCUGCGAUGCUGGUAGUGCUCUUUACUCGGCAGAUUUCUGGGCGCUGUGGGAUCUUGGCAUCAUCACUACUGGUCUGGCAUUCCUGGUUGUACGCACGAUCGGUCUAAUACAGAAUGAUGGCAAGCUUAUCGACAUAGCUUUUGACAUCUUGUCCGUGGAAGCGCUGUUCCUGGUCCCACGGAUCUGCUCACUGCUUAGUCUUCAUCCAUACUUUGGGACACUCCUACCGUGCUUGAAGGAGAUGACGAAGGAUUUUGUCAAAUUCCUUGGCCUGGUGGCUAUUCUCUAUGUUGGCUUCAACACUACCUUCGCUUUCUUGGCUCGUGGCGUGUACAGUGUCUCAAAGAUGAAUUGGAUUCUGAUCAAGGUUUUUUUUGGAUCAUCGUACCUCGGUUUUAACCUACUGCCUUUGCUAAUUCGACCACUACGGCUAUUUGUGUCUGCAGAAGAUCUGCGGACAAUUCGCAUAAUCUUGCUAAAAGCUACACACUGGCCAUUUGUCGGCUUAAUACUCGGUUGGGAGAAAGGACGGCAGUACUGGAAAACGCGGGACGGUAGACCCACGGCAAGUUCACGCGACCAGAUGAGGAGACUAAUCACCCGCCGUCCACUGUCCGGCAUGUCGUUCCAACAGCCGAUGCUGUCUGCAGGGACAGAACACCCUCCAUUGGAAGAACAAGCGCGAAGCGAACGGUUGCCCGCUGAAAUAGCCGUUGAUCAGAUUGCGGCGCCAUCUGAAACGAUCGAGGCGUUGACGACGGCGGUGCAAGAUCUCAGACGACAAGUUGAGGCAUUGACAUCGUUGGUUGCAGAACGAAGCUCGUGA